AAGAUGGGAUCAGGCUGUUAAAUUUUAAAAAUUAGUUGCCAUUAAGUACCCACUUCUGAGCCAAGUCAUUAACAGAACUGGACUUUAAAUAAAGCAGUGUCAGGCCCUCAAUCAGAUGGAGCAAAGGUUUACUUCCUGCUAAUCCUGGAUAUUGAAAGUUUAUUUUUAGUAGAGAAUUAACACAGGUCAUUGUAGAUAUGAGAUUGUGUUGUGUCACAUGGAGUCUCACUUUAAAUGAUAUGGGGAAGAAGCACGUGUACCCACCCCGUGUUCUUCCACCAGUACCAAGUGGAAACCGAGAUGAAAUUCCUCUUGGUCACCAAAAAAAGAAAAAGGCCAAGGGAAAAAACUCACUAGAUGGCAUCGUUCAAGCUGCAGUCCGCCGACCAUCUGAGAGCAGGGAGCCUCUGACACCUGAGGUACAGGAUGCUCCCCCUCAGAGGAAAUGUAAGAAAAAAAGGGUGCCUGCAGAAUCUGAGACAUCUUUCACAGAACAGAAUGGAAAUGGUGUGGAUCCUCCACCAGCUGAAGAAACUGUGACUCGUAAACAACGGAAAAGAGUAAAGAAAACUUGGCCAGUAGAAAGUUCCAAUGAAUUGGGAGUGGAAGAAGAAGAUAUCAUUGAAGAUGAGCAAGUAAAAAGCUCAGAACAGCAUCCUGUAUUUUCUGUUUCAACUGGUGUUAGCCAACCUAUUAGCAAGGUGUUUGUUGAAAAAAAUCGACGUUUUCAGGCAGCUGACCGCAAAGAUUUGAUUAAAACCACUGAAAACAUUGAUGUAUUUAUGGAUAUGAAAGCUGCUUGGACCACCAAGGAUGUGGCACUUUCGGUUCAUCGUGGGUUUAGGGUGAUUGGACUGUUUACUCAUGGCUUCCUUGCUGGCUAUGCUAUCUGGAACAUCAUAGUGAUUUAUAUUCUGGCAGGAAACCAGCUGUCGAAUAACUCAAACUUGCUGCAGCAAUACAAGACUUUGGCAUAUCCUGCUCAGUGUCUCCUUUACCUUCUGCUUACAAUUAGCACUGUUUCAGCUUUUGACAGGAUUGACUUGGCUAAAGCAUCAGUAGCAAUACGAGGCUUCCUUACCUUGGACCCAGCAGCAAUUGCUUCUUUCUUGUAUUUUGCUGCUCUUAUCUUGUCUCUGAGCCAGCAAAUGACGAGUGACAGAAUCAACUUGUACACACCACCUUCAGAGAAUGGAAGCCUCUGGACCUCGGGUGCAGAGGAACAGAUUCUCCAGCCCUGGAUUGUGGUGAAUCUAGUGAUAGCCCUCCUUGUUGGGAUCUCCUGGCUCUUCUUGUCCUACCGUCCCCAAUUAGAUCACACUGAAGAACUGAUGUUUAAUACCCAAGUGGAAGAAUAUCCCCCAUCAGAUAAAGAAUUCAAAGGGUCUUCAUAGCUAAAGACCCUGUUCAAAUACUAUAGCUUAGUUACCUAUUUAUAUUUCUAUAUAAUACUUUUAUAUUUAUAAUGUAUGCCUUGUAUGUUUCUUUUGCAUGACUUUUAAAUGUUUAUAGUUUUUUAAAUGGUAGGACAGUGUCAAGUGUGUUUUUUCUUCUGAAUCAUCAGAAAUUACUCUGUAAAUCUUGCUCAUGCGACUACCAAUAUAUUAAAGGAAGAAGACACAUGGAACAGAAAAGUUAAUAGGAGGACAUCCUUAAUAGCACAUUUAUUCAUCCUUUAUAAUCUGCAUUCUGGUAUUCAUGUGUUCAUAAAAUUGAGAGCAUAUUUAUAUUCAAAAUAUCUCAGAUGUUAGUGCCAAUUUGUUUUUACAGAAUUAAAUUAGGAUUUAAAAUGCAUCUUCAAACCAUUAGAAUUUCAGUAGCAUAAAGAUCUCGUGUUGAAGUUUGUAAAAUGUCUCUAGAUUUGUGCUCCAUGGUCAUAAUUACUGACAUUCAUACAUUGUGUGUGUAUUGUACUAUUUAUAACUACUUGAACAAGAGUAUACAUUUGUAUAUCAGUUAUUACUACAUUACUUGGAAGUAAUUAUUAUAGAUCUUGAAAGUUCAUUGUUUCAUAUCAUGACCAAUUCUAGUUAAAUGUGUACUCUAAUCUAAUAUGGGUGGGUUCCCCUGUGAAGUACUCUACUUAUUAUACAAAUCAAGAACUAGUUAUAUCUUGCAUAACUGGAAUUGCUGAAGUAAGAAGCUUGAGAAGAACUAGGGCCCUUUUUCAAUAUUUUAAGCCUCCCUCUGGUACCAUCCCAACUGUCAUUUAUUUUUGAAACUCCAAAUUGUUCUUUAUAGCAAGUGUUCUGUAAUUCUACCUCUCAUACAACAUUGUAAAAUUUAAACAUUUUUGCAAAUAAAAAUCCACUAUUUUGCUGAAC